AAAACGAUCGCCGAAGGUGGAAACCCGCUUCCGACGCGACUUUGACCCGAACAGGUUUUUGUUUUCCAGCGCUUUCGAAGGUUGAUUCUGACUUGUUUCUCUACCCCGAACGCGAUUCUGGUGAUUUCGACCUCCGAGACAACAAAAUUUGCGGUACUGCAUACCCGGCCUUGUGAUUAGCUUGUAGGACAUUUAACCAUUUCCUUGCUUGACGUCAACAAUGGUGUAUGAAAUUAAUGAACAAAAAAAGAUUGGAUUGGGUCUUCUUGGCUUUGGCGUAUUCUUCUCUUUCCUUGGCGUCAUUCUUUUCUUUGACAGGGGGUUGCUUGCGCUAGGAAAUAUAUUUUGCUUAGCAGGUAUAGGCCUUUUACUGGGUUGGAACUCCACUUGGAAGAUUUUUACUGACAGAGCAAAUUAUAAGGGUUCUGUGUCAUUCCUUGUGGGGCUAUUUCUUAUUUUUGUUCGUUGGCCAAUAGUUGGUUUGAUCUUGGAAUUAUAUGCUUUUAUUUUCCUGUUCGGAGGCUUUUGGCCAACUGUCAACGGUUUCCUCUAUCAAAUUCCUGUUCUUGGUUGGAUUAUACAGUAUCCUGUUCUGCUUCUUGAUCGCAUGCGAAGGGCCUCAAGUUGAAGUAUUGUUGGUAAGUUUCCCCUAUCGAGGCCUCAUGCGUUGGAUGGAAAACUGUUGGAUGGGAAUUUGGAGACAUGAUAUGAUUAUGAGAACAAUUUGGAUUUCUUAGAAAGUUGUUUAAAUUUCAAUGGCAUGUAAAUAUGUACAAAUCUUGUUUAGAUUUGAACCAAGGGAUAAGAUUCAUUUUCGCCCAUCUACUUUGAUCGAAGUGUUUUUAGUCAUUUUACUUUGCUUCGGGCAAAACAAGCCCCUUAACUUUGCUUUUUGGAUGAUCUAAGUUUUUGUCGUCAAUAACUGAUAUUUAGGAGUGA